AUGCCGUCCAAGAACUCGGAGACAAGUGGCUCGGAGAAUACCGAAUCGUUCAAGUUUUUUGGACUUGGUGGAUGUAAUGAAGUGGGAAGAUCAUGUCACAUAAUUGAAUACAAAAACAAAGUAAUAAUGUUGGACGCGGGAGUUCAUCCCGGAUUAACUGGUUUCAGUUCACUUCCGUUCUAUGAUGAAUAUGACCUAUCAAAAGUGGACAUAUUGCUUAUAAGUCAUUUCCAUUUAGACCAUGCAGGUACGCUUCCAUAUGUGAUGCAGCAUUCCAACUUUAAAGGCAGAGUUUUUAUGACGCAUGCCACCAAAGCUAUUUAUCGAUGGUUGUUGCAGGAUUUCGUUAGAGUGACGUCCAUUGGUAACGGAAGAACUAUGGACAGCUCCUCCAAUGGUGGCCCAGGAAAUAAUGGGUCUAGUAAUUUAUACACAGAUGAUGAUUUAAUUGGGUCAUUUGAUAAGAUUGAAACUGUGGAUUACCAUUCUACUAUGGAAAUAGACGGUAUACGAUUCACUGCUUAUCACGCUGGUCACGUGCUUGGUGCAUGUAUGUAUUUGAUUGAGAUUGGUGGAUUGAAGAUCCUUUUCACCGGUGACUAUUCAAGAGAAGAAGACAGACACCUUCAGAUAGCAGAAGUACCUCCUACCAAACCGGAUAUAUUAAUCACUGAAUCCACAUUUGGUACCGCCACACACGAACCCAGAUUGCAAAAAGAACACAGGAUGACCCAAUUGAUCCAUUCCACUCUCUUGAAGGGAGGUAGGGUUCUUAUGCCUGUGUUCGCUUUAGGAAGAGCUCAAGAAUUGUUGUUGAUCUUGGAAGAAUAUUGGAGUCAGAAUGAAGAUCUCCAAAGCAUUAAUAUCUUUUAUGCAUCGUCGCUUGCUAGAAAGUGUAUGGCUGUUUAUCAGACAUAUACCAGUAUCAUGAAUGACAAAAUCCGACAGUUGACUUCAAGUUCUGGAGAGGCACAUAAUCCGUUCGACUUGAAGUUCAUUAAAUCCAUAAGGAGUUUAGAGAAAUUUCAAGACAUGGGUCCUUGUGUAGUUGUUGCAUCUCCUGGUAUGUUACAGAAUGGUGUUUCUCGAGAACUCUUGGAGAAAUGGGCUCCAGAUCCUAAGAAUGCGGUCAUCAUGACGGGUUAUUCCGUUGAAGGAACUAUGGCUAAAGAUUUACUUUCGGAACCACAUUCAAUUCCCUCCAUAGCCAACCCGGAAAUGUCAAUUCCCAGAAGGCUUUUAAUUGAAGAAAUAUCAUUUGCAGCACACGUUGAUUUCCAACAAAAUGCCGAGUUCAUUGAUGAGGUGAAUCCUUUGAAGAUCAUUUUGGUUCAUGGUGAAAGUAAUCCUAUGGGGAGACUCAAAUCAGCAUUAUUGAGUAAAUAUUCGUCCAGAAAGGGGUCAGAAAAUGAAGUCAACAUCUUUAACCCCAGAAACUGUGACGAACUUAAGUUACCAAUUAAAGGACAAAGAGUAGCCACAGUUUUGGGAACCUUGGCAGAAGAACAAGGGAAUAUACUCAGACAAGAAGUUGUCAAGAUAAUUGAGGAAGAACUGAAGAAAAUUCAAGAACUUCUGGACGAUGAAGAUGAAAAGAUGGACGAGGAAAAGAGUGAAGAAAAGGGUGAGGAAGAAAAUGAAGAAAAUGGUGAAGCAAAGAGUGGCCAAAAGACAGACCUGAAGACUGUUGAAACUGUGAACUUGAUUUCAACAGAACAACCUAUUGCUGGAGUUUUAGUAUCUAAAGAUUUCGAUUUGAAUUUAUUGAAAUUGCAUGACUUGAGUGAGUUUACUCAGUUAUCUACAUCGAUAGUAAAGUCUAAGAUCAAAUUAAAGCUUCAUGCCCAAGUUUCGUUGAUCAGAUGGCAUUUAGAACAGAUGUUUGGAUACAUUGAGAUCGUCCGGGACGAUAAACAAGCAUGGGAAUGUUUGAUUAUGAGCUUGCUUGAUGUUCACGUUGAUUUGAACAAGACAGAUGCAUUGGUGGUGACCGUUGAAUGGAUCAAUGACAAUCUAAUUGCCGAUUCAUUAGCGGAUUCUGUGGUAGCUAUCUUAUAUUCAGUUGAUAGCUCGCCGGCUUCUGUCAAGUUAAGUUCCAAGCAACACGAGCAUGUUCAUGUCAAAGACGAGCCCAUGGAUGAUGAUGUUAACAUGGUUAUUGGUUCGGCACGUGAGCGUGAGCCAAAGGCACACAUGAAGUCGGACAUUAAAACCCGAGUGAGUCGUAUCACCACGAUGCUCGAGGCUCAGUUUGGUGAUACGAUCAAAAGAGAAAGCCACGAGAACCUUGUGAUCAAUGUAGGGAAAAGUGAAGCCAGAAUAAAUCUUUUGGAAUUGACAGUGGCAUGUCCUUCCAAGGUUUUACGGGAUAGAAUUGAAACCAUUAUACGAAGAGGUUGUGAGUUGGCAGCUCCUCUAGCACAAUAUGAGAAGGAGGUUUAA